GUGAGGCAUUUGUAGCAUUUUUCACCUGCUUCAGAGGAAGCAGGUGAAGAAGGCUACUGUAGCUUAACCACAGAGUUACAGUCAAUGUGAGCAGGACACUGAUGGUUUCCAACAUGACGGCAAUGGUGGAAACACUGAUUCCAGCCCGUCCUGUCCACAUCCCUGCUCUGGACAGGCACAAUCCAAAACCAUUCUCAACCAGUUUCCAGGAGGACUUCCAGCCUGUUUUUUCCAAGAAGGUAGAUCCUGUUAGUGAGCCCAUCCCAGCCGAGGUGGACCACAAGGACUUGAGGCACAACAAGGAGUACCUGACAGAGGUGAAGGCGUCAUACCAGCGUCACCCAUUGCCACAGAUCGCCCGUGCACCGUGCCGGACCAGGUUUUGCACCAACUUCAAGAUGCAAACAGACCCUGGUGAAAUUGACUACCUCACCACCACGUCCCAGAAAUUCCGUCCCCAGCCCUUCCAGCCCCCUCCCACCUCCAUCCGACCAUCACUGGCCAUCAAGAAGAUCCAGCAAGUGGAAAAGCUUCCAGAAAGCAUCCAAAAAGCCUCCUUCCCCCCACAACAUGGCUCUCCUCUUAUAAAAGCCACGGUCAAACAUCUAGCGGAGGGCUUUCCCACAAUAAAAGGGGACGGGCGUCAUCGCAGUUUUGUCUCCCAGUACAACAACACCUUCCAGGGAGCCUGGAGCAGACCUGCUCAACCUGUGGAGAAGCACUCCUCAGUGUCUAUAGGUGAUCCUGAGAAGAUUAGAGAGAGAGAGACGACUCAUGCUGCCUCAUUCAGCCGGCCCGCUGUCUGCAGACCACCAGUGGUGAAAGAGCGUUUGAAGCUCAACCUUGGAAAUUUCUCCAAUGACCCAUGGUCAUCCACGGCCAGAGAAACCUUUUGUUACCACAAGCUGGAGGACCCAGUUGUGCUGACAAGGAGGAACCGAAAUUUCAGCUCUGUACCCAAGGGCGACACUGAUAUGGGGCGCAACAAAGAGAGGAUGUCGGUCACCACCAACAGAAACUCCUUCUCUAAUCUGAACAACACAGAGCUUUCAGUGCAUGUACCCGGGAAUGACCUGAUAACCAAAAGCCAUGUACAGUUCAGCCCACCCCGUCUGUCAGGCUUGUACUACACAACCACGACCACAGAAGACUACAGCAAAAGGGACGGAGAGCGGGCCAAACCAGCCACCCAGCUGCCGAGCCACAUACUGAGAGGACCAGCAGAACAUGGAGUGAACCUCAGCACCACCGGGACUGACUUCCUGCCUAUGAAGACCCGCAAACAGACACCUUGUCUGUCACAGCAGAGGGGCCACAUCAAGUUUCCGUUGGCCCAUCAGCACUUCAGCACCACCCACAAGGAGCACUACACAGCCAAGCCUUUGAUAUUGCAGCAUCCUGGCUGCAGCCAAUUCUUGACUCAUUUUGUCAUACAGUGACUGAGAAUCUUGUACAGUGGCUCUUGUGUUCCCGUGCAACAUCUGCGAGCAUAUGUAAGCUGUCGAGAAUAUUUUUGAUCAAGUGUUCACAUAAACAUUUCAAAUACA